CCCCUCCGAUCUAUACGUACACGAAAUAUUCAUUCUCUCUCCCUCUCUCUCUCUCUCUCUCUGUGUCGAUUUCUUCAUUUCUCUCUCUCUCAGCCAUCCAUGGGCAUAUGCAGCUCCUGCGACUCCACGUCGGUGACCACAGCCAAGCUUGUAUUACAUGACGGAAGGCUACUGGAAUAUUCCUACCCCGUAAAGGUAUCCUACAUUCUACAAAAGGACCCGUCCUGCUUCAUUUGUAACUCCGACGAAAUGGACUUCGACGACGUCGUGUCGGCCGUGAGCGACGACGAGGAGCUUCAACUCGGUCAGCUUUACUUCGCGCUCCCGUUGAGUCGGCUGAGACGCCGGCUCCAGGCGGAGGAGAUGGCCGCAUUGGCCGUCAAAGCCAGCUCCGCGUUGAUGAAGAGCGGCGAAAAAUGCCGCCGGCGGCGGCGGCAGCCGUUUUCUCCGAUGGUGAUGGUAAAGCCGCCGUGUAUGGUGGUUGAAGGAGGUGGCGGGGGAGAUCGCGGGAGGAGGAGGAGGCGGAGGUUUACGGCGAAGUUGGGUGCAAUACCGGAGUAGGGGUAGAAGUGGAAACGAAGAUGGGUGGUAUUUUUUGUAAAUAAUAGUAGAAUAGUUCGGGUGCCGAUCGGUCAGGCACUUUUUGGGGAUGUUCUAAUUAAUUCUAAGGGGUGGUUUACCUUUACCAUUGGGCGUUUACCUUUGUUCCGUUUAACCAUUCAAGGGGUUUCUUCCAAUUUUACCCAUGACUGGCUUCGUGUCAUCAUGUGGACCAGUAAAUGUUCAGCAUUUUAUUUUGUAGAAAUACUUUUCUUUUCUUUUUUUUCCGGAAAAUUUUCUUGUACAUAUUUAUUUUUCAAGUCUAGUUCAACGCAGGUUUGCUGUGUUUCUUUUCUA